AUGGCAUUGAUUGUGGUUGACGAGGCACACACAGUAGUACAAUGGGGAGAAAGUUAUGACACAGAGGAACCAUUUAGAGAAUGGUUUGCAAGAAUUGGUGAAUUGCGAUCUUUAUGUCCAAAUGCAUCAAUGGCUGCGUUGACCGCCACAUCAGGACCAAGCCAAAGGAGAAAAAUAAUGAAACUGUUGUGUUUCCGUGCACAUUCUGAAGUUAUUCUGGAUUCUCCAGAUCGCGUAAACAUUAAGAUUUCCUCAUUAUGUAUUCCCAAUAAAGACAAUUUGGAAAAAAGUGUUUACUUGGUUGAUAGACACUCUAAAAAGUCAAAUAGAAAAAGCUGA